UCCAAUCCAUCCAUAGUUCAGUCACAGAAAUAAACAUGGACUCCAAAGUAGCAAGGAAGACCUGGGAACUAACUAACAAUGUUGAAAGUGUUUCUAGUGUUGAUGAGAUCUAUCGCUAUGACUCGAAACAACAGCAAGAUAUCUUAACAGCCAAACCGUGGGAAAAGGAUCCACAUUACUUUAAGCACAUCAAAGUUUCUGCUCUAGCCCUGUUGAAAAUGGUGAUGCAUGCUCGUUCUGGUGGCAACCUGGAGGUGAUGGGGCUGUUAUUGGGGAAGGUGGAUGGCAAUACGAUGAUUGUCAUGGACGGAGUCGCUUUGCCAGUGGAGGGCACAGAGACACGCGUUAACGCUCAGGCUCAGGCGUAUGAAUACAUGGCUGCCUACACUGAAGCAGCAAAACAGGUAAAACGGCUAGAAAAUGCUAUUGGUUGGUAUCAUAGCCAUCCAGGCUACGGCUGCUGGUUGUCAGGCAUUGAUGUAUCCACACAAAUGCUGAAUCAACAAUUUCAGGAACCAUUUGUUGCCAUUGUGAUUGAUCCUGUUCGCACGAUAUCUGCUGGAAAGGUCAACAUUGGAGCUUUCAGAACUUACCCCAGGGGAUAUAAGCCUCCAGAUGAAUACCCAUCUGAGUACCAAUCCAUUCCUCUUAACAAGAUUGAGGACUUUGGAGUUCACUGCAAAGCGUACUACCCGCUGGACAUCUCUUACUUCAAGUCGUCCAUGGAUCGACGUCUGCUCGAGUCUCUGUGGAACAAGUACUGGGUGAACACGCUCAGCUCCUCCAGCCUACUCACAAAUGCUGACUACACAACAGGCAUGAUCUUUGACCUCUCUGAAAAACUGGAGCAGUCUGAGUCUCAGCUAGGCCGCAGUGGUCUCAUUAGCACCGACAGUCAGGACCGGAAGACGGAGGACAAGCUCACCAAGGCUACCAAGGACGGAUGCCGGACAACGAUGGAAGUUCUGCAAGGUCUGAUGUCCCAGGUGAUCAAAGACAGACUGUUCAACCAAGUGGGCUGCAAGCCUGCACAGCCAUGAACUAUUGUACUUUCAUAACAUCACUCAGUAAAUCUUGGGGUUUGUUUUUUUUAGUUUGAAAGAUUGCAUGUUUAUGGUGUACCUGCUGGUUCCAUAGCUGUAUAAGUUUGAAUGUAUAUAUUAUUAUAUGUGUGAUUGCUGGGUUGCAAUUGUGUAUUUUCUAUGUGGUGAGGCACUUUCAAUGAGGUAAUGAAAGCAACGGAACAGUUCAUUGUCUCGUGUGUUCUCGUGUGUUCUGCGUGGAUGGAAGGAUAUGACUACUGUAUGAGUGCGAAGAGUGAACUUCAUCCUGCAGCAUGAAAAUAAAAACAAGCACUUUUAUGUUAGGACAUUUUUUCAAGUCAUACUGUGCAAAUAUUUGUUGCCUCAAUGCAGUUUCUUGUCAAAGGGGGCACAUCAAACUUUGAUUCAAAGUGACCACCAAUUAAAAAGACAUCUGUCGAUAUUCUUUGUGAAUCAAUGUUUGCCUCUCCCCCCUCCCCCUUGCUAGCUAGCCCUGAAAAUAAGGGUUAAGGGUCUAUUGGCUUGACCAUGCUUAUUCAUACAAUGCUUCUACUUGAUUACGUUUGGUGAGAUGGAAUCACUCAUUAAUGGGAACUUUUUCAUUUUUCUUUGACAAAAUAUUCCGUCUUGCAUCUUGUGCUGACAGUUGAAUUUUCUAGUUUGUUUCUACUUUCUGGUAGUGGAAAACUGAAAAUUGAUGACUUGAGAGAAAGACUUUGCAAACCAUUUGUUGUGUAUGCAUGUAUGAAUCACUUGACUGACUAUGAUAUUGAUGUUUGUGUAAAUCAGAAAGUUAUUUCGUAUUCCUCUGAUGAGUGCUUUGCCGAAUAAAACAUCAAUAUACUGUAAAGUACAAAA